UACAGUUCAUAUCCCUCCGCCGUUUCCAACUUGUGUUGCUAGCUGUGGAUGAUACCAGGCUGUGCCCCUUUGAAUUUCUUGCCAGUCAGCUUCAUAUAUACUUUACCUGCUUUGUGCUUUCUUAGGACCAUUAUGCAUUGUGACCCAACUCACCUUGACUGCUGAAAUACGAUACCAAAAAUGCGCGCACUGGGCGGAAGGAUCCACAUUUAGGGCAUUAAAGCUGUACGGGUGAUGCAGUAGUUGCUGCAGCAGGAAGGAGCUGAUUCAGUUUCUUGGUUAGGUAACGUUAAGGGGAGCUGGGCUUCAGUUUGAACUCGGUCCGUGCUUUUAAGUCAAAGCUACUAUCCCCUUCAUAGCACAGUCUAAACACAAUGGCAAUGAAAAGAAUUAAUAAGUGUUUCACUGGCAAGCCACAAUAAUGGGACCUAAUGACAGUCCUUAUCAGGGAGGUGUAUUCUUCUUGACAAUUCACUUUCCAACAGAUUAUCCCUUUAAACCCCCAAAGGUUGCAUUUACAACAAGAAUUUAUCAUCCAAAUAUAAACAGUAAUGGUAGCAUCUGCCUUGAUAUUCUACGGUCACAGUGGUCACCAGCAUUAACCAUUUCAAAAGUUCUUUUGUCCAUCUGUUCGUUGUUGUGUGAUCCAAAUCCCGAUGAUCCCUUAGUGCCUGAAAUUGCACGGAUUUACAAAACAGAUAGAGAAAAGUACAACAGAAUAGCCCGGGAGUGGACUCAGAAGUAUGCAAUGUGAUUUGAAGACAUUGGGAUAUGCCUCUACAAAAGACAGCUAGGGGGAACUCUGAAAGAAACAAAAAUCCUUUUGAUUUCCAUUUGACUGCUUUCUAUGAGCCCACGCCUCAUUCUCCCCUGUGCACAUGUUUACCUGACCCAGCAGUGCUGCGUAUUGUACAUAUUUGGAACAGUUGAAAAAUACAUUGCUCCCUGUCAGUAUCAGGAAUAUCUCCUGAUAAGGAAGUGAAUCAAUGACCAGUUCUUCAGUCAUAACCUAGUUGUGAGACUAAAAGCAUUCCCCAAGGCUUACAAUUUGGAUUUUGGAAAAAAAAAAACUUUUGGGUAGGGAUGGUGUAAAUAAGGAUUUUUUCUUUUUUUGUUUCCCAGUUUGUUUGGGUGGGAACUGUUUACUUGUAUUUAAAUUGUGGAAUUCUUUUAUACUCAUAACAAUUUUCACAAUCGAGGUGAAAAGCUUGAAGCUUUGUAAUCCCUCCGGAUCUUCAUCUUUCAUAAUUAUAAUGACCAGCAGCUGAAAAAGUAUACUUGCUUUUACUGUAUUCCAUCAUCAGUUUGGUUCAUAUCUAAUUGGAUUUAGAGCUGUUAGUACAUCAGGUAAUAUUGAAUUUUCCUACCUUUUGGGUUUAUAUGUGACAUUUCAUUUAAUGAAAAAGCUAAUGGCUCUAAUGAUUUCUUAUGAUUUUUUUAACUGCUUAAAUCUGUACGCAAGGGUUGAGGUUCAUUUGAAAGAAAACUUGCGCAUAUUUAAUUGCCCACAAGGCUCAUUUGGAGCUUGUAUGUUUCAAGAAUGAUUAAUCUAUGUAAUAAACCAAUUACUAUAUUCAUUACAUAAUACAUUGCUGUGUGCACAGGGUGACUAGUUGUAUUUUUGCGAAUGGUAUGCCAGUGUGGGGGAAUACAUCUUGGCCAGAAAGUAGGCUUAUAAGUGAAACUCUGACACUGGUAAGUACUGCAAAUAGUGGGCAUUACAGAAGGCAGCAAGUCACAUUAUGGUGUGAGUCUUUCUGAGUCCAGUAUUUUUCAUUGGAUUCUUAACAGUUGAGCACUUGUGGUUUCACUUCCUGUACUAUAACGGCCCUUGGGAAUUCAAAGCUGAAAGAUAUGGUGAUCUUCACAGUAGUGCUGGUUUGGCCAGGAGUGCUUCCAAUUUAUCUGUAAAUUCUUACAUAUUUAGAAAAUUUUGGAAUAGUAUCAGUAGGUGAUCUGUAAUAGUAUGAGGUGGAAUGCGCCAUCUAUUUGAAUUAGUGGAACUUGUUGGGCUAUAUCUUGCAGGUGGUAAAAACAAGAUGAUUACCAUGUUUUAACUGCAUAAACGACGGCCCUUUCAUAAGAGUUCAUCUCUACUUCAGAUACAAUUCCCUAAAUCUCUUGCCUUUUUUUGUAGAUACUUUCCAUUGAGUGUAAAACACAAGUUGGUACUUGCUUUGGAGUUGGCCACAGUGUAUAAAACUCAGUGACUUGCCCUUAUUAAUUUUGGACCAGGGAGAUGCGAUAAAUUGAACAGUCAUGUUUUGUAUUCUGUAUUGCAGUGGACAUGUAACAUCUUAAGAUUCAAUAAAGCAUACUAAUUUAUUUUAAAAUUCA